CGUCCCGCUGCUGCCAACACCUCCCCCUGCCCUCGCCGCUCCUCCCUGAGACCCACACAGCAGCACCCGUCACAGCUCCCGCUUUCCCCUCCGGCUCAGGACAAUGGCAUCGGUGCAGCCACAUUGGGGUUGGCACCUAGGGGAGCAGCUGGAGCUGCCCAGCAGUGCCACAGGGUGCAGCAAAGGGGUGUGUGGCUCUGCUCUUUCCUGCCCAGGGGUGCCCAGCUGCUGUGGGCACAGAGGGGACAUCGUGACACAGAGCCGGGGGCUGUGAAGCAGAGACUGGCACCAGCUCGGCGCAGCUGCGGUGGGGAGUGGGCACAGCCUGGCACCGCUGGGGCCUGUGGGCCCGGACACCUGCCGAGUGGGCACCCUGCCAGGGCUGGACACGGUGAUUAAUGCUCUGAUGGCAGUUAAGCCCCUCUGCAAACACGCUUUAAUAUCCAAUACGGGGAGAUGUGGCGGCACCUCGGAGCGUGGCCGCGGAUUAGGGGCGGCUGCGCCGCAAUCCCCCGUGGACACGGCCUCAGAUUAAGGAGCCCCGGAGACCAGCGGGACGGUCCCGUGGCGGGCAGAGACACACACCUGAGAGUGGUGCUGAGGGUCCGGCCGCUGACCUGCACGGAGACCCGGCGAGGCGACCAGCGGGUUGUGCACAGCCUCGGCGAUGGCACCGUUCACGUGAGUGCAGCCAGGCACGACGCCACGUUCGGGUUCAGCGCCGUGUUCGACGCAGAAGCCUCGCAGGAGGCCGUGUUCGAAGGCAGCGGGAUGAGGCGGCUGGUGGAGCUGGCGAUAGACGGCUUCUCCUGCACCGUCUUUGCCUUCGGGCAGACUGGCUCGGGGAAGACCUACACCCUGAUGGGACCCCUCGCCCAGCAGGGUGAGAGCGGCCUGGCGGCCCCGGCUCUGCUGGGGCUGAUGCAGAGAUCCUUCUCCUGCCUCCUGGAGCACAGCCAGAGCCACGGCUCUGACCUGGCUCUCAGUGCCUCCUACCUGGAGGUCUACAACGAGCAGGUGCGGGACCUGCUGAGCCCGGGGCCACCGUGCACCCUGCCCCUGCGCUGGAGCAAAACCCGCGGCUUCUACGUGGAGAACCAGCUCAACGUGGACUUCGAGAGCCUGGAGGCCAUUGCCAACCUGCUCCUGCAAGGAUCCCAGAGGCGCCGGACCUCGGCUCACGCCCUCAACAGGCACUCGAGCCGCAGCCAUGCUCUUCUGACCAUCCACAUCCGCAGCCGGGCCGCCAGCGCCUGCCCCAGCAAGCAGGGCACGCUGUGCUUCGUGGACCUGGCUGGCAGCGAGCGGGUGAAGGAGACCGGCUCCAGCGGGGAGCUCUCUGUGGAGGCCAACAACAUCAACCGCAGCCUCCUGGCACUGGGACACUGCAUCUCUCUGUUGGCCAAACCCCGAGGGAAGCGGACACACAUUCCCUACCGGGACAGCAAGCUGACGCGGCUGCUGGCCCGCUCCCUAGGCGGCUCCGGCGUCACCCUGAUGGUCGCCUGCAUCUCCCCGUCCUCGCGCUGCCUCUCGGAGACACUGAGCACGCUGCACUACGCCAGCCGGGCCCGGAGGGUCACCACCAGGCCCAUGGCCAACAGGGUGUCCCGGGAAAAGCUGCUGCAAACCUUGGAGGAAGAAAUCCAUGCCCUGCAGCUGGAAAACCUCUCCCUGCGCCAGCAGCUGUGCCUGCCCAGGGUGCCAAGGAGGAGCAUGGAGGUCCCAGGGACCCCCCUGAGGGCAGGGGCAUGGCCAGGCUGGGGAGGCAGGUAUGGCCCCGUGGGGCUGCACCGCUCCCCUCUGGAAGGGCAGCUCCCGUCAGAGCAAGCCCCAGCCUGGCCCAGCCUCUACGGCCUCCUGCGGGACUUUGUGGUGGAGAAUGAGCAGCUGAGGCAGCCUCGGCUGUCCCCAGACCCCAGCAGUGACAUCCCAGCUGGCCCCUCCGGCAGGUCCUGUGACAGCCAGCCCCUGCUCCGGAGUAACCGCAGCCCCAGUGUGCCCCCUGGCCACCCCACGAGGCUCCAGCAGCCAGACACAAUGCUCGCCUCUGGCCCUUGGCUACCGAAGCUGCCUCCCGUCUCCAGCAACCCCGGCUGCCCCCAGUGCUGUCCCAAUGCCAUCGCGUCCCAGGCACUGCCAGGACCCCCUGAGGGAAGCACCAGCAUCCUGCCACCCGGCCCAGAGGUCACAGCUCUGCCCGGCUCCCGACAGCCUCCCGGGUACCCCCCACUGCACCAGGGCAAGCGGAGUCAGGGCAGGAGCAGGAGCUCAGCUCAGAGGCAGCCGCUGCCCCGGGAGCAGCCCGGCCCCCAGCCUGGCCCCGAGCGCUGUCCCAGCCCGGAGGGAAGGGUCAUCCCUUCAGCCCCGCCGUGGCCAGGAUUGCCAGAGCCCAGAGCCGCCGGCACCGUCCCUCUCCCGCAGUGGGACGAGGCCCUGAGCUGGCUGGCAGAGCAGAUCUGAGAGCUGCAGCCGCACCGUGGGGACCCGGCCCAGCGCACGCAGAGUCCUGACACCGGAGGAGACGAACACAGCCCCCGGGGCACGGGGCCGUCGGGCUGCAAGGGCUGCGCAGAGCAGGGCACAGAGGACAGAGGGAGCUCUCGCGGUUUAUUUCGGAGGCGCGGGAGCCGCGCUGCCGGGGCCGCCCCGCUCAGGUGCUGUCCUCCGUGGGCUGUGGGCAGCCCAGCCAGUACUGCGCGAUGGAGCGGGGGUAGCGCGGGUGCACCAGGUCCACGCGCUUGGUGCGCAGGUUCACGCGGUAGUACUUGUCUGGGAGGAAGGGGAGGCGGCCGUCAGCACCGCCAGCCCCUCGCUGGGCGCCUCCCCGCUGCCCCCUGCAGCUCAGGGACACUGCACAGAGAGGACACCUCCCCCUGCCCCAGCAGCUCUGGUCCCACGUCCCUCCCUUAUCCUGCCACCCCGGACUCACCUCUCACAAAGAAGUAGACGCUCUGGAGGGUCUCGCACUGGGAGCCUGACAGCCAGUCGCUUUCAAUACCAUCGGAGUCAGAGUCAGAGUCACUUUGCAGCCAACCCCACAAACCCAAAUUGAGUGACCGGUGGCUCUUGUACUUCUUGCGCUGGCGCCGGGAUUUCCUCCUGCGGGGCUGGUGGGAGGCCACGUAGAUCCUGCCGGCCAUGGCGGCAUCCAGCCGGCCCGGCACCCCCCGCCAGUCCCUGCUGAUGUACCGCGGGCCGCUCGCCCCGGCUGGCAGAGGGGCAGAGGGGGAGUGAGAGGGGCAGCGAUGUUUAGGGGUGAGCAGAGCCCAGCCCCACAGGCAGCCCCCAGCACCUGCCCCGACACCCACAGGGAUGCUCCAAAGGAUCCCAGCUUUGGAUGGGAUGGGUGACGGAGCAGGGAGCAGCCCCUCACUCCACCCCUGCCUGGGAUCAGCCCUGCACCCUCUGCCCCCUUCUCCUCCUCUCCAGCUUUCAUUUCUUUUGCCCGGGGCUGGGGUUUUCCUAUGGUGUCUCCAGCUCCAGUGACAAUAAAGUGUCCCCAGCAGCAA